UUCGUCAGGUCCGACUGUUUGGGUUUGAGUCUGUCUGCAAAUGCUCUCAGUGAGAAGCCAUCAAGUGCAUGUAAGUUAAAGCUUCAAAGUUCAAGGUUCAUGGUCAUGUGCUACAUUAUCUGUUAGUCAGGCUGGAGAGCAGUUCAGUUUAUUCACUUUAGCUCAAACAUGAAUCUGACUGCAGAGAGACACAGUAUCGCUCUCAGUGAUGGGAACCGUAUUCCACUGCUGGGACUGGGCACCUAUGGGAACCCUCAAACGACACCCAAAGGAACAGCAUUUGAGUGUGUAAAGCUGGCCAUAGAUGUGGGUUACAGGCACUUCGAUGGGGCACUGGUGUAUUUCAAUGAGCACGAAGUAGGUCAAGCCAUUAGAGAGAAGAUUGCUGAUGGAACUGUUAAAAGAGAGGACAUCUUUUACUGCGGAAAGCUCUGGAAUACCUUCCACCCACCAGAGUUGGUGAGACCGACUUUGGAGAAGACUCUGAAAGCCUUAAAACUGGACUAUGUGGACCUCUACAUCAUUGAGCUUCCUAUGGCCUUCAAGCCUGGAAAUGAGUUCUAUCCAAAAGACCGGGAUGGAAAAUACAUCUACCACCACACAGACCUCUGUGCAACAUGGGAGGCUUUAGAGGCUUGCAAAGACGCAGGACUUGUUAAGUCUCUGGGAGUCUCCAACUUCAACUGCAGACAGCUGGAGCUGCUGCUGAAUAAACCUGGCCUCAAACACAAGCCUGUGUCCAACCAGGUUGAGUGCCAUCCAUACUUCACACAACCUAAGCUUCUGGACUACUGUCGUCAGAAUGACAUUGUGAUUGUUGGCUACUGCCCAAUUGGCUCCUCCAGAGACGCAUCCUGGGUGAAUGUGAAAUGUCCUCCCCUGCUGGAGGAUGAGCUGCUUGUGUCCAUUGGGAAAAAGUACAACAAGAGUAGUGCCCAGGUGGCUUUGCGCUUCAAUGUCCAGAGAGGAGUUGUGGUGAUUCCCAAGAGCUUCAGUCCUGAGAGGAUCAAACACAACUUCCAGAUCUCCGCCCCUCCAUGUAUGUUAUAUAGUGAAACCUGAAACGGCAGCAGGCCUGUAUUUGGUGCCCCUCUCUUCUGGAAACUGUCAUUGUACAACAUUAUGAAAGGUGAGAUGGAGAACACAUCCAAGGUAGAACCCUCCAACGGGCACAGCAGACCCCUGGACAUUGUGCCCAGUACAGAGGAGAAGAUGACAGACAGGGGUCAGUGGGGCAACAAACUUGAGUUUGUUCUGUCAGUGGCUGGAGAAAUUAUAGGCCUGGGGAAUGUCUGGCGUUUUCCCUACCUUUGUUAUAAGAACGGAGGAGGUGCCUUCUUUAUCCCAUACCUCAUCUUCCUGUUUGCUUGUGGGAUCCCGGUCUUCUUCCUGGAGACGGCUCUGGGUCAGUAUACCAGCGAGGGGGGUAUCACCUGCUGGAGGAAGAUCUGCCCUUUGUUUGAAGGAGUGGGUUAUGCCACCCAGGUGAUUGUUGCUCUACUCAACAUCUACUACAUCGUUGUGUUAGCCUGGGCCAUCUUCUUCCUGUCCAACUCCUUCACAUGGGACCUGCCCUGGGCCUCCUGCAACAACUCCUGGAACACGGAUUCCUGUAUGGCAUUUCAGAGGGGGAAUAGCUCCAUCAAUCACCAUGAGAACGCCACCUCUCCUGUCAUUGAGUUCUGGGAGCGCAGAGUCCUGAGGAUUUCCUCAGGCAUUCAUCACAUCGGCUCUCUGAACUGGGACCUGGUUGUCUGUCUGGCCAUUGCCUGGGUUAUCUGCUACUUCUGCAUUUGGAAGGGAGUGAAGUCCACUGGAAAGGUGGUUUACUUCACAGCCACCUUUCCAUAUGCUAUGUUACUGAUCCUGCUGAUCAGAGGGGUCACCCUGCCAGGAGCCUCCAGAGGAAUCCACUUCUACCUCUACCCUGACCUGGGACGCCUAUCUGACCCACAGGUAUGGAUGGAUGCUGGAACUCAGAUCUUCUUCUCCUAUGCCAUCUGCCUGGGCUGCCUCACUGCACUGGGAAGCUACAACAAAUAUAACAACAACUGCUACAGGGAUUGCUUGUCCCUCUGCUUCCUAAACAGCGGCACCAGUUUUAUUGCAGGCUUCGCCAUCUUCUCCAUCCUGGGCUUUAUGUCCUACGAGCAGAACGUACCUAUCUCAGAAGUGGCAGAAUCUGGUCCAGGUUUGGCCUUCAUAGCCUACCCUCGAGCUGUGUCCAUGAUGCCUUUCUCCCCUCUGUGGGCCUGCUUCUUCUUCAUUAUGAUUGUCUUUCUGGGACUGGACAGUCAGUUUGUGUGUGUGGAGAGCCUGGUGACAGCCAUGGUGGACAUGUAUCCCUCCACCUUCCGCCGUAAGAACCGCAGGGAGCUCUUCAUCCUGGGAGUGGCCAUUGUGUCCUUCCUCAUGGGGCUCAUCAUGCUGACAGAGGGAGGAAUGUACGUCUUCCAGCUCUUUGACUACUAUGCAGCCAGUGGGAUGUGUCUGCUCUUUGUGGCUAUUUUUGAAACUGUUUGCAUUGCUUGGAUUUAUGGUGCUGACCGUUUCUAUGACAACAUAGAGGAUAUGAUUGGCUAUCGCCCCAGCCCUGUCAUCAAAUACUGCUGGCUUUUCUUCACCCCUGCGACAUGCUUUGGAACCUUUGCCUUCGCCUUGAUCAAGUACUCACCUCUGAAGUACAACAAUGAAUACAUAUACCCAUGGUGGGGCAAUGGGAUAGGCUGGAUCCUGGCUCUGUCCUCCAUGCUGUGUAUCCCUGUCUGGGUGGCCGUGAAACUGUACUACACCCCUGGAACACUGAGAGAGCGCAUCGCUUUCUUGACCACUCCUUCCACUGAGUUACCGAAGACAAAGCAGGAGCAGGAGAAGCUGCUCGCCAUCUUCGCAGCCGAUGGCGACAGCCUCCAUCAGAAAGCACCUCCCACUAAGGACGGUUACUUCCCCGUUGAUGAAAAAGAGUCCCACUGCUAAAGACCUGAGGGUUGAAAUCAGAGCCUUGUAGGGCGUCAAAGGUCACUCCUCAACUUUGACACUCUGUCUGGCCCCAUCCCCAACUCUCUCUGUAAUACCUCACCAGACAAAGUGACGAAACGAACGCACAGACGCAGAGUUUAAGAGUCACCUGAGCUGUAACUGCUGAUCUGCUGCUGGAGUUUUCUCCUUUGUACACUGCCUUAAACACACAGUAUGACGGCAUCAACAUUCCUACUUAAAGAUUGACAUCCUCUUUAGGAAAGCUGGUUAUCAUCUCAUUUGCGAGUGGCAGAGUCACGUGUACAUUUGAAAAAAAAUGUGGCCAUUGUUGUUACGCAGUGGCUGAGAAUUUACAUUUGAUCGUUUCUGCUUUCUAAGGAAGCAUUUUGUUUUUCUGUUAUGGACAUCUCUAAUGUUCAGUUCGUCUGACAUGACAUUCCAGUUACAUUACUGAUUCUAACAGCUGUCUGCUGCAGACGGAGCACAGGACGUCUCACAGAUCAUAAAAGUUCACGUGAAUAAAAUCUGUGUGUGUUUAAAUGCACUUCUGCAAUGUAUACAGUACAAAUGUAUUGUGUAUUCAAUUCAGACACGCCGACAGCUCUGUUUUUAUUGUACAGUAGUGAGUUCUGAUCUCAGGAUGUAAAAUCUUCCAGUAAAACAUCCUAGAAAGGCAUUUACUAAUAACCAAGAAUUUGAUUUUAGAUUCACAUUUAGCUGAACUGACCACAACUCAUCACAAUUAGGCUUCGCUGUUGGUAUUUCAUAUUAACGUUACUGUUUUCUUCCUUUCGUUUUUUUUUCUUCUGCAUGAAUAUUUUACAUGCCUUUUGUUAGUCUUCUGAUUAUUGACAUGACUUUAAUUCAGUUGGUUUUGCCUCGUCUCAUGCAUUGAAUCGUAUGACAUUAAAAUGUAAAGUGGCUGAAGGAGACAGCUGUGCCACUUAGAUAAUAUGAACAGGGAAGACUGUAAUGAUUGAAGGGAUUCAUUCCAAAAUGAACAUCUCUCUUGUCAUCGCUUUUUCUGCUGUAUGAAUGAACUUCAGCCAGUGUUUCUUUAGUUGUAAUGCUGGCAUGAAGAUAUGAUAAUUGAUUACUGAUAGAGAACACUUUUACUUAUGUGUAACUUUUGUAUGCUAAAAUUAUUUUUUAUGACUGAAUAAAAAUACCUUCAUUUGAAAUGUACAUUUCUAUUGAAAUAUAUGUUUAUAUUUUAUGGGUCAUACAAUUUAUUAUUCAGUACAUGAAUGAUCAUUUACAUUAGUGAGAAUUUGCUGUGUCUAUUGAUGAUUAAAAAGAAAUAUUCUAAAUUUCAGCAACACCUUCCUCACUGAGAUCAUAUUCUCAAAUAAAGUGGCAUUAUUGAUAUCUGAUUUGCUAUCAUGCGAUCUUUUAAAGUAUUUAGGGAUGUUAUGGUGUAUGUAAGAUGAUGUGUUGUCUUCAGAAAUGUUUUGUUUUGCAUAAUUUAGCAUUUUAAGUACAGUACUAAGUUGCAAAAUGUACAACACAAUUAAAAUACCUUUUCUCUUUUAA